AUGACUGCUGUUACCUGCUACUGUGAUGAUUUUGUUGUCAACAAAUAUUACUCAAAGUCGAAGGUUUCCUUUAAGAUCACGCUAACGUCGGACCCGAGGCUGCCGUACAAAGUACUGAGUGUUCCUGAAAGUACACCUUUCACAGCAGUCUUAAAGUUUGCAGCAGAAGAAUUUAAAGUUCCUGCAGCAACAAGUGCAAUUAUUACCAAUGAUGGAAUAGGAAUAAAUCCUGCACAGACUGCUGGAAAUGUUUUUCUAAAGCAUGGUUCAGAACUGCGAAUUAUUCCUAGAGAUCGAGUUGGAAGUUCUUAA